AUGAUGAAAUUUGCAUCACACUAUACUGUGCGCGGAGCGAUCAGCAACGCGGACAACCAAGUGUUGUGUAAGCACAUACAGAAUGUUUGGCUGCUGGUGGGUUACCCUCUCCUGGCCCUCAUACGCUAUCUAGGGUGUCUGCUCUCCUGGCUGCUGGUUUUCACCAUCCGCAUGGCCAAGAUGAGCAGCAAGACCUUACACAGCAUCCUGCUCAUGUCCUCUGAACACAUACAGAUCAGCCCAGCCUCAGAGGUGAAUCAUAAGAUAUUCAUGUCUUACAGUGCAUCCGGAAACCAGGUUAUUCUUUACUGCUACCAUGCAGUAAACCUCUACUACUAUAAAUACACGGUGGACGGGAUCAAUGUUUUUGCUGUCAAUCUCUUACCAUUAGCUGGUGAUUGUUAUGUGGACAAAACAAACCAGUUUGCCAACUCUGAAGUCAAGUUUGCCACAGCAGUCAGCUCCAUCAUUCCACUGUCAUAUUACAUUGGCAUGGGCAUUGCAAGUAUUUCCACUCAGAGUAACUUUGCAGUUGGGGCAGUGGUGAACGCAAUGUUCGGCUCCAUUACGGAGUUGAGCUUUUACAUCACAGCCUUGCUCCGAGGUCAUCACCAGGGAAAUAAGUGUCUGCAUGAGAUAGUGAAUGCGGCUCUUACUGGAACACUGCUGGGCUGCAUCAUCUUUAUACCAGGGAUCUGUAUGAUAAUUAGAGGGCUCAGGUACAGAGAGCAGAGGUUUAACAGCCACUCAACAGGGGUCAGCUCCUCUUUGCUCUUCAUAUCAAUAGGGGGUAAGAUGUUAUUAACUGUGAGAAGGAAUAAAAUUUUUUUUAUUGUGAUCUGUUUUGAACCUUUUUUAUGUCAGUAUUUCAUAGGUGUGACCCUUUUAGCCAUGGUCCCAGAAAUACCAAAAAGUCAGUUUGCUCUGCAGAACAAAAUCAGUUUGAGUUUGGAGGUUGGAUGCUGCAUUGCCGUGCAGGUGUGCAUGAUUCAGAUCCCCAUCCUGAUUUUAUUCAACGUCUUUUAUGAAGUUAGGUUUGUUCUCAUCUUCAGUGACCUGCACCUGUGGGCCAGCAUCUUUAGCGUCAUCCUCGUUAAUUACAUUUUAAUGGAUGGAAAGUAGGAUUACUUUCAAGGUAUUGCUCUGAUGGUGGUGUAUCUCAUUUUACUUGCACUGUAUUUUUUCGCCCCAUCUCCCGCUGGCUGCUGAGUGGAAA